AUGUUAACAAUUCAGUAUUUAAUUUUUUUAAUAAUUCUUCAACUAUCAGAUUUAUUUGUUCUUCUUGAUAUUCCAACAACAACAACAAAAUCUAAUAAUGUAGUCAAAUAUAAUGGAGAUAAACCAUCAUUUCGUUCAACAAAUUCAUAUUAUACAUUAUUUAAUUCAAGUUCAUCAUCAUUAAUUGAUUAUAUGAAAACAUUAUAUGAACAAGAAAAACGAAAUGACAAACAGUUCAAUUAUAAUCUUAUACGAGCUCUUGCGCCACGUAUAGUUGAAAUUGAUAAUGUGACAAUGUAUGUAUUUGAUUUAAAUGUAAUUCGUCGUACAGAAAAUCUUUAUGCUGUUUCAUUACAUUUUUAUAAACGUCGAACACGUUGGCCAAUAUCAUAUUCAUUAAAUGAAAUCUAUUCAUCACAUCGACUUUCAUCAUUAUCUGCUCAAAUACAAUUAGAAUCCGAUUCGUAUGGUUGGCAAUCAUUUCCAAUUGGUGAUAUAAUUCAACGUCAAUUGAAUUAUUUAACAUUAUCACAAAAAUCGGACUAUUUCGGAUUAACAUUUAAACCAACUGUAACAACAAAUACUCAACGACGAAAUAUAAUUGAAUUAGAAAAAUUUAGUGUUUAUACACCAUUUCUAAUUAUUUAUUCAAAUGAUACGAAAUUUACAAAUAUUUUUGAAGAAUUUAUACCAAAAAAUUUCGAACAAGAUAUUAAACCUUAUGAACAAUUUGAACAAGAAGUUAAUCAAAGAAAUAGAAUACGACGUUCAAAUGAAGAAAAACAAUCAACAUAUGAUUCAAAUCUAUUAUUACCAUCAUCGAAUUGGAAUGAUACAAAUAUAAUAUCAGAAUUAGAUUCAUGUUCUGUAAAACCAUUUGUUAUCGAUUUUUCUGAUUUGGGUUUUUCUUCGUGGAUGAUUGAACCGAAAAAUUUUAUGGCAAAUAUAUGUCUCGGUUCAUGUCAAACAAAAUUAAUGACAAAUCAUGCACUACUUCAAUAUUUUCUACAACGUUUAGGUAUUAGAAAUGAUAUAGAACUACCAAAAGCUGGUUGUGUACCUGAACGUUAUUCAUUUUUAAAUGUAUUUUAUAAAAGUUCAGACUAUAAUUAUAUUAUUCGUCGUUUACCUAAUAUGAUUGUCGACGCGUGUCAAUGUAGAUGA